AUGUUUAACCAAGAUCUUCAUCCAAAUACAUACAACAAACUUAGAAGUAUCCAUAAAUACUACAUCGAUUUAUAUAAUGCAAUAUAUCAGUUAAAAGCAGAAAAUGAAGAAGAAUUAAACUCGAUUUACAAAAUGAUCAAAAAAGAACUAAUUGAAUCAAUGAAAUAUCUUCCUCAAAAUAUAAUUAAAGAUAUUUUAAAUAUUAUUCCGUUUAAUAAUCGCUAUACAAAGUCAUACUUAAAACUUGCGAAAAUCAUCAUUGAUGAUUGUCAUGUAACGAAAGUAAAAGGAAUUUUAUAUAGUUCUAACAUCCUAUUCUAUAAAGAAUACGGAAUUAAUUUAAACAACUCUGAUGAUUGUAAAAUAACAGAUUUAGAAAAUUUCGAUAUUCAUUAUUAUUUCGAACAAAAUAAAUUAGAAAAUCAGGAUAUUCAUACAGAUAAUACAAUUUACAGAGCAAUUAUGAAUAAUGACAAAGAAAGAUUCAUUGUAUUCAUUGAAAGCGAAGAAUUUGAUGAAGAUCAAAAACUUGUCAGUUGUUUAUAUCCACAAACAAACAAAGGAUUUUCAUUACUUGAAUUAUGUUGUUAUCACGGAGCAGUUGAUUGUUUCAAAUUAUUAAGAACGAUAUUUGAAUCAGAAAUAACUAAAACAUGUCUUAAGUUAUCAUUUUUAGGAGGAAAUGCCGAAAUCAUCAAUGAAUGUUUGAAAUAUCAAAAACCAAAUGAAAAAUGCAUGAAAUAUGCAAUUAUUUCACACAACAUUGAUUUUGUUACAUUCUUAAUGAAUGAAUACAAUCUAGAGAUCGAUUUAGAAGCUUGCAUCGAAUGUCAUAAUCUUGAAUCGUUAUUAGUUUAUUUUGAUCAAGCAAAUGAUGUUAAAAGAUGCUUUGUUUAUAGUGCAAAAUUAAAUAUUUCAUCCCUUUCCGAAUAUUUCCUUUAUAAUGGUGCUGAUAUCAAUAAAAAAGAUUAUAAUGGAAAAACCGCCCUUCACUAUGCAGCACGUAAUAAUAGUAAAGAAAUGGCCAAACUUCUUAUUUUGCAUGGUGCUGAUAUCAAUGAAAAAGAUGAAAAUAGAAAAACUGCUCUUCAUUAUGAAGCAGAAAAUAAUUGUAAAGAAACUGCAGAGCUUCUUAUUUUACAUGGCGCUAAUAUCGAUGAAAAAGAUGAAAAUGGAUAUACUGCUCUUCAUUAUGCAGCACGUAAUAAUAGUAAAGAAACAACCGAACUUCUUAUUUUAUAUGGCAUAAAUAUCAAUGAAAAAGAUGAAAAUGGAUAUACCGUUCUACAUUUGGCUGCAGAAUUUAAUAGUAAAGAAACAGCCGAACUUCUUAUUUCACACUGUACAAACAUCAAUGAAAAAGAUAAAUACGGAAAAACCACACUUCAUCUUGCCGCAGAAAAUGAUAGUAAAGAUGUCGUUGAAAUUCUUAUUUCACAUGGGAUAAAUAUCAAUGAAAAAGAAAAAUGA